UUUGUUCCGUAGGCAAGGGGACGAGGGAAGGGAUAAUCGUCUUCCGUAAAAGUGAGAAAACGUUAAUGGCAUCCUGGCUGCAGUAAUUUAUUUUUUAGAUUCCACAUCUUACAGCUAACCAAUGAACGAUGCUUUCCUCACGUCAAUUUUUAAAGGGGAGGGUUUGUCAACACAUUAAGAAUAACCUGCAAAAUUGUGUCGCAAGGAGAUGGAAAUCUGCAACAAGACCACCGCUUACCAUGCUGUCAGACCAAGAAAGGAUGUUUCAAGAAUCAACCAGAAAAUUUGCUCUGGAGAAAGUCAAACCUUUAGUGAGCAAGAUGGAUGAAGAAUCUCUUUUAGACCAGAAUGUCAUAAAUGGUCUUUUUGAGCAGGGAUUUAUGGGUCUUGAAAUCCCUGAAAAGUACCAUGGUACAGGUGCAUCAUUCAUGUCUGCUAUUAUUGUCAUCGAGGAACUUGCUAGGAUUGACCCAUCUGUCAGUGUGUUUUGCGAUGUUCAAAAUACUCUUGUGAAUACUCUAAUUAUUAAGCUUGGAACAGAACAACAAAAACAAGAAUAUUUGCCAAAAUUAGCCACUAACACUGUUGGAAGUUUCUGUUUAUCUGAAGCAGAAUCUGGAAGUGAUGCGUUCAACAUGAGAGCCACAGCAAGAAAGGAUGGGGAUGACUACAUUAUUAACGCAAAUAAGUUAUGGAUAACUAACUCAGCACAGGCUGAUGUAUUUCUGGUGUUUGCAAAUGCUAAUCCUGAACUUUUGAAAACUGAUCCCAAAAAGGCAUACAAGGGUAUCACAUUAUUUGUCAUACCGAAAGAUGUGGAAGGAUUGACGGUUGGCAACAAAGAAAAUAAGUUGGGCAUAAGAGCAUCUUCAACGUGUCCAGUUGAUUUGGUAGAUGUCAGGAUACCUGCAAGCAGCGUACUGGGUGAAGUUGGACAAGGUUAUAAAUACGCUAUUGAGUGUUUAAAUGAGGGACGAAUUGGAAUUGGAGCGCAGAUGAUUGGAUUAGCUCAAGGGGCGAUGGACAUUACUGUUCCAUACACUAAAGAGAGGCAGCAGUUUGGUAAAUCAAUAUUCGAUUUUCAGGGUAUGCAACAUCAAAUAUCUGACGUUGCGACGAAAUUAGAAGCUGCUCGCUUGCUUGUGUACAAUGCUGCCAGACUGAAAGAAGCAGGACAACCUAUGAUUAUGCAAGCUGCUAUGGCUAAAUACUACGCGUCAGAGGUCGCAACUUUAGCAACAAGCAAAUGCGUGGAAUGGAUGGGAGGUGUCGGUUUCAUUAAAUCUUAUGGAGUAGAAAAGUUUUACAGGGAUUGCAAGAUUGGUUGCAUAUACGAGGGAACAAGCAAUAUUCAACUAAAUACGAUAGCGAAAUUGUUGGAUUAUUAAAUGGUCUGGUGUACACGUUGGUUACAAGCAUUCGUAUGGUGUGAACAAACCUUUAGUUAUUUUCAAAUUAUAUUAUUUGCCGAACAUGCAUAAACACGAAUAUUUUUAGUUCAAGUUUAUUUUUCAAAACAGAAAUAACGUUGAUUAUUGUACAUAACAGAGAAUAAAACUGAGAAUGCAUUUUUAAAUUU